GCGGUGGGAGGAAGCCGGAAGCAGCCGCGGCCCUAGCUCGGGAGACAUGGCUGGCGUUAAAGCUCUUGUGGCAUUAUCCUUCACUGGGGCUAUUGGGCUGACUUUUCUUAUGCUGGGAUGUGCCUUGGAGGAUUAUGGUGUUUACUGGCCCUUGUUCGUCCUGAUUUUCCACGCCAUCUCACCUAUUCCUCAUUUCAUCGCCAAAAGAGUUACAUAUGACUCUGACGCAACCAGUAGUGCCUGUCGGGAACUCGCGUAUUUCUUCACUACUGGGAUUGUUGUUUCUGCCUUUGGAUUUCCUGUUAUUCUUGCACGUGUGGCUGUGAUCAAAUGGGGAGCCUGUGGCCUUGUGCUGGCGGGCAAUGCUGUCAUUUUUCUUACAAUUCAAGGUUUUUUCCUUGUAUUUGGAAGAGGAGAUGAUUUUAGCUGGGAGCAGUGGUAGCACUUUAUUUUGAUAGAGAGCAUUGUAUUCCUUAAGAUUUGUACUGUAUGUAUAUGUGUGUACAUGUGGCAUUUUACUAUGGGAUUUAAUAUGCUGGUUUUUUAUACCUUUAUAUCAUGAUGAUUUUAAGGAAGACUUCCUAAGUAAAAGAUUAGUUUUAUUCCUAGAUAAUGAACCGCUGCUUUUACUGAAGUUGAAUUAUGUUAUUUGUUUGGCUGGUCACAUAGUUAUGAUGCUCUCAGAAAGUGUUUUUAACACAGUCUUUUAGACAGCUGCUCACUUGUGCAGGGCAUCUAAACCUUUUGUGUGGAGGUGUGCUUAGGUAGGUGAAAACAUUGAAGUAGGUCUCUUAUGGUCCAGAAAAACUGCUCCCUCUGUGUUGUAGACCCUUGCUUCUCGGAAUGUGGUCCAUAGACCAAAAGCAUCAGCAUUUCCUAGGAGCUUAUUAGAAAUGCAGAAUCUGAAGUUCCUUCACCACCACCCAGACGCAGUGCAUUUUGAUGAAAUCCCAGGUGAAUCAUAUUCACACUAGAAUUUGAGGAACUUUGUUGGUGAGGAGUAAACAUCUUACCUAGCUCCCUUGUCUUCCCCUUGGAUUGAUCACUUACCCUUUCUGGGUGUCCUGCUCAUUUGUGCAAAAAAAAAGUCUCAUCUGACCUUAUGUUUAGGAGGAGUUCAGACUCUUUAGUGUUUGUGAAAUGUUCCAAACUGUAAUAUAUGGGCUGUGAUCUUAGUAAUCAGCACAUCCUUCAUGUGUUGGUGUGAUAUUGGGACCAGAAGAGAAAAGUGAUAUCUAAAAGAAUAAUGUGCAAUGUUGUUUUUUGACCUUGUGCAUGAUUUUAUGUUCUCAAUAUUCUGUGUACAUAUAGAAUUGUUAAAGUUGUUGUUUGCAAUAUUUACACUGGGAAAAUUAUUUAGAUACUUUGUAAUUUUCACUGGCAUUUUUAAUCAUGACACUUGAACUUAUUGUAUUAUAAUAAAUUUCACUUUUAACACACAAGUAAAGUUUAAUGUUAAAACUUCAUUCUGAUGUUGUCUUGCUUAAAAGAUAAUGAAAAUAUAAGAACUUCUUAAUGCUUUGAAAUGAGCAGUUUUGAGCAAUAACCUGUCCUGCCUUAGAAUAAUAGCAGUAACUUUUGAGAUACCAUUUUGAAUGUCUAGUUGGCUUGUAAUAACUUUUCUUUCCCUCAGAUGGCAAUAGUGACCAAUUUAUACUACCUUUUGCAAAAGUGUUCUUGUUGCUUAUACAUAUUUCAUAUAACCAAGAUAGCCUUAGUAUGUAGACUUAAAGCAUUACAACUUGACUGUAUUUCUAGAAUGAUACAAGGUAUUUGCAUAAAGAGCGUUUGACGUGAUGGAUUAUUAGAUUUGCUGUGUGUCUGAAUAAACAUCAUUGCCCAACUAUCAUUUAAAUAAUAAAUGUCAGUU